GCAGCAGCAGCAGGCAGCGUCAGCAGGCAGAGGACACACACUCAGAUCAACCAGUAAUCACCAUCGUCUCUCACACUGCCAUGGUCGAAAAACCAACAACAGCGCUUCCUAUUUCGCACCGGGAGUGAAACUUUAAAGCCUGUAAGAAACAUGCUGCUGGAAGCUGCGACCCCGCGGAUAUAAGCGACAGUGAAGAGCGGAAAGUAGCUCCCACAACACCGAAACCACAAAGAACAAGAAGCUCUUUUUUCACGCUCGGAGGGAAAGACGGCAUCCGGCCUGAGAAGAAGCUCCGAGGUCGGGGACUCCGGUCGGAGCAACGCUCAUCGUUUCUGGCCUCCCCUUCCCGAGAGCUCUAUGGAGAAGAUGAAGCGGUUCAAGCGACGUCUGUCUCAGACGUUACGAGGCAGCCACACCAUCGACGAGUCGCUGUCUGAGCUGGCAGAGCAGAUGACCAUAGAGGAGAACGGCCUGAAGGACAGCGAGCCCAUAGUGAGGAAUGGUCGUCCUCCCUCGGCCCACAGUGUCCACUCCUUCCUCCACCAGUACACAGGCUCCUUUAAAAAGCCUCCGCUGCGACGGCCUCAGAGCGUCAUUGGAGGAGGCCUGGGCUCUCUCAUGGUCAUGCCUCGCAACGGCAGCCGCCUCGAUAUCGUCCAUGAGAACCUGAAGAUGGGGUCAGACGGGGAGAGCGACCAGGCGUCGGGGACUUCCUCUGACGAGGUGCAGUCGCCUACGGGUGUGUGCCUGAGGAACAGAGGGAACAGACGCAUCUCUGCAGAGGACCUGAACAAACGCCUGUCUCUGCCGGCUGACAUCAGGAUACCUGACGGUUACCUGGAGAAGCUGCAGCUGAGCAGCCCGCCCUUCGACCAGCCGCUGAGCCGACGCUCCCGCAGAGCAUCACUGUCAGAAAUUGGCUUUGGGAAGCUGGAAACCUACAUCAAACUGGACAAACUGGGGGAGGGCACGUACGCUACAGUCUUCAAGGGGAGGAGUAAGCUGACAGACAACCUUGUGGCGCUGAAGGAGAUCAGACUGGAGCACGAGGAGGGGGCGCCAUGCACAGCUAUCAGAGAAGUGUCGUUACUGAAGGACCUGAAACACGCCAACAUUGUGACACUGCACGACAUCAUCCACACAGACAAGUCACUCACACUGGUCUUCGAGUACCUGGACAAAGACCUCAAGCAGUACAUGGACGACUGCGGGAACAUCCUGAGCAUGCAGAAUGUCAAGAUCUUCCUGUUCCAAAUCCUGCGAGGCUUGGCCUACUGUCACAGAAGGAAAGUUCUCCACAGAGACCUGAAGCCCCAGAAUCUGCUCAUCAACGACAGAGGAGAACUCAAACUGGCUGACUUUGGCCUGGCGAGGGCGAAAUCAGUGCCCACUAAAACAUACUCUAACGAGGUGGUAACACUUUGGUAUCGGCCUCCCGACGUGCUGCUGGGCUCCUCUGAGUACUCCACACAGAUAGACAUGUGGGGUGUGGGCUGUAUAUUCUACGAGAUGGCUGCCGGCAGGCCCCUGUUCCCAGGCUCCACAGUGGAGGACGAGCUGCACCUCAUCUUCAGGCUGUUAGGCACUCCCACAGAAGACAGCUGGCCUGGAAUAUCUUCCAUCGACGAGUUCAAGUCCUACAAGUUCCCCAAGUACAAGGUCCAGCCUCUCAUUAACCACGCACCCAGCUCUCUAUUCAUUGAGGAUGGAAAUGAUGAAAUGUUUCUAAUCAGACCCAGGUUGGACACUGAUGGCAUCGACCUGCUGAUGUCAUUCCUAAAAUAUGAGUCGAAAAAGAGGAUCUCUGCUGAUGAAGCAAUGAGACAGCCAUACUUCAGGAGCCUGGGGCCACGUGUGCACACACUGCCAGAGAGCAUAUCCAUAUUCACACUGAAGGAGGUCCAGUUGCAGAGAGAUCCCGGCUACCGGAACUCAUCGUACCCUGAGUCAGGAAACGGAAAGAGCAGAAGACAAAGCAUGCUGUUUUAGAUUCUCUGGACUGUAUUUUUUUAUUUGGGGAGGAUCUCCCAGCUGUACAGUCUCGCAAAAUGGAUCAGAAACCCGAGAUGGAUGUUGGCGUGGAGCAUCAUCAUCAUCAUCAUCACUCACCCCAAACGACUUGGGAAACUCGUCCACAGUGCGACCGACCCUGUUUCCAGGUCUGGCCUGAACCUGGCCCAAAAGAGACAUUUAUAUACUGUACAUCUAUAUUUAUUGAGAAGAGAAUUUGCUGCUAAAUCUAACUACUGUCUAGAAUUCUAACUGGCUCAGUCACUUUAAAGAGAACAUGCAAUGUGUAUAGAUUUUUAUUUUAUUUUUUUUUUUUUGA